AUGGGCUUACUUGGCAUGUUCUUCGCUCGCAUUCACUAUGCCGACCGAUCGAAACGCCAGAGAGCGAAAGAAAUGGAAAUGGAAUGGAACUGUUCACCAAAUCAGCUUUUGGAACGGAAAUUGUUCACCAGUGUUUUUUAUAACCAUUACACUCCACCAUCUGGAUUCGACUUUGGAGGAGGUGUAGGAAGUCUGCAAAUUGAGCAACAUACGGAUUUCAAGGUCAAUGUCAUGUACUCAACGCCUGCGUGUUAUCUGAAAGCGCUGCUGGAAUCAGGAGUUCCUUUCCCAAAGAAAGUCGAUGACUUCUUCCCGUACGAAAUGGAAGCAAAUUCAUAUUGGUCAGGAUACUUUACCAGCCGUCCAACGUUCAAGUGGCUUGCUAGAUAUGCCAAUAAUCUUUUACAGGUCUGUCAAGCGAUAGAACUCGCUUCAAACGGGGAAAUGAAGCACGAGGAAGAUGUCGCUACCUUGCGCCGUGCACUUGCCAUCGUUCAACACCAUGACGCUAUAACCGGAACUUCAACCCAAGCAGUGACGGAGAAUUAUUACAGCAUGCUCAUCGAAGGAAUCGAAAAAUGCCAGGACGUUUUAAACAACGCGUGGAUGGAAACUGCUGCGUCAACUUUCAUCCAUGAGCCUGUGCCGUAUCAAACCUUUUGUAAUUUGAUCAACUGCAGCGUCUGUCGUGUUUCUCAGGAAUCUUCCAAGGUACACGAAUAG